GACGGGACCCCGUCGCGGCUCGGGAGGCGACCCAGAAGUAGAGGUGCUCCUUCCUCGAGGAAGCCGCCGCCCUCCACACUCGCGCCGCGGACACUUGGGGACCCCGGAGGCGGAGAGGAGGUGUCCGGCCGCGGGGUGGGCGCCCCGGCCCCGGCACUCACUGAGCGGGGCGUCCUGACGCGCGGGAGCCAGACCGCUCCCUCCACUUCCCCGGGCCCAGACAGCGGACCGGGGCCGAGCCCCGCCGCCUGGGGCUCCUGCAGACCGAAAGCGCCCGCCUCCCGCGGGAGACCCAGCUUGGGGGGGAGGGGAGAGGCUCCUCCCCUCCCCAGGGCGGCAGGCGGGGUGUGGGGGCCGCGCCACCUCCCCCAGGUAGGACCUCCUUCUCCCCCGCCGCCGCCUCCCUCGGCUCCCCGGGCGAGGGGGACCCAGCUCUGCUCGCCCGCCUGGGAGGCUCAGCCCGGUACCGGAAGAGCCACCGAGGAUGAGACCGGUCACCUUCCUCUGAGGAGGGGACGCCCUCCAGCCCCUGACUCCAGGACCUGGCACUUUCCUCCCUGUGCCGGGAGAAACUUGGAGACAGAGCCCAGAAGUACCAUGGCUUCCGACCUGGAGAGUAGCCUCACCUCCAUAGACUGGCUCCCCCAGCUCACCCUGCGGGCCACCAUCGAGAAGCUGGGGAGCGCCUCACAGGCAGGGCCUCCAGGGGGCAACCGAAAGUGUUCCCCGGGCUCACCCACAGAUCCUAAUGCCACCCUGAGCAAAGAUGAGGCUGCCGUCCACCAGGAUGGCAAACCACGAUACAGCUAUGCCACCCUCAUCACCUACGCCAUCAACUCGUCCCCAGCCAAGAAGAUGACCCUGAGUGAGAUCUACCGCUGGAUCUGCGACAACUUCCCCUACUACAAGAAUGCGGGCAUCGGCUGGAAGAAUUCCAUUCGGCACAACCUUUCUCUCAAUAAGUGUUUCCGGAAGGUGCCCAGACCUCGGGAUGACCCUGGGAAGGGCUCUUACUGGACAAUCGACACGUGCCCUGACAUUUCCCGGAAGAGGAGGCACCCUCCGGAUGAUGACCUCUCCCAAGACUCCCCGGAACAGGAGGCCAGCAAGAGCCCGAGGGGAGGUGUCCCGGGGAGUGGAGAAGCCUCGCUGCCUCCCGAGGGGACCCCUCCGGUGCCGCUUCAGAGCCCCACGUCCAUGGCCAGCUACGGCCAGGGCACAGGGGCUGUGGACGGUGGGGCGGUAGCUGGAGGGGCUCCGGGGAGAGACAGCGCCGAGGGUGGCCCUCCGCUCUACAGCACCAACCAUGACUUCAAGUUCUCCUACUCCGAGAUCAACUUCCAGGACCUGAGCUGGUCCUUCCGCAACCUCUACAAGUCCAUGCUGGAGAAAUCCUCCUCUUCACAGCACGGCUUCUCGUCUCUCCUGGGCGACAUGCCGCCCUCAAACAACUACUACAUGUACCAGCAGCAGCCGCCGCCACCUCAGCAGCAGCAGCCGCCGCCACCGCAGCCACCUGCCCAGCAGUCACAGGCGCCGCAGCAGGCACCACCCCAAGGCCCCUCAAGUGUCGGGGGCGCCCCGGCCCUGCACACCCCAAGCCCUGACAGCUGCACCCCACCAGGGGGGAAGCCUGCGGGGGCCGACGGCUACGGGCCGCCCCCAGUGAUGGCCAUGCAUGCAGCCCCACUGCAGCACAGCGCCUACCACCCUCACCAGCACCACGCCCACCCGCACCCCACCCAGCCGCCGCCCCAGCAGCAGCCACAGGCACAGGGCCAGGCGCCCAUCAAUAGUCCUGGCUUCGCCUUUCCUCCUGACUGGUGCUCCAAUAUUGACUCCUUAAAGGAGAGCUUCAAGAUGGUGAAUCGGCUCAACUGGUCCAGCAUCGAACAGUCACAGUUCUCAGAGCUGAUGGAGAGUCUGCGACAGGCUGAGCAGAAGAACUGGACCCUCGACCAGCAUCACAUCGCCAACCUGUGUGACUCCCUCAACCACUUCCUCACUCAGACGGGUCACAUUCCCCCGCAGGGCACCUCCCACCGGUCACCAGCCCCCACCCGAAUCUCAGACUCCUGUGCCCUCACCAGCAGCAAACAGGAGCCAGCGAUGAACCAAGUGAACUCCUAUGGGCACCCACAAGCCUCCCACCUCUACCCUGGCCCAUCACCAAUGUACCCCAUCCCCACCCAGGACUCAGCAGCAUACAAUCGCCCAGUAGCACACCACAUGGUCCCCCGGCCACCGGUCCCGCCUCCAGGUGCCAGUGAGGAGAUUCCUGAUGACUUCGACUGGGACUUGAUCACUUAAUGCAUCACAAGUGUGGACAUCAGCCAGGGCCUGGUGGUGAAAUCUGGCCGAGAAAAGAGCGGCCCUUCCUGCCCUCCGCCUGUACAUAGAUAUAUAUCCUCUUUUUGUUUUCUCUCCGUCAGAGAAGCCACUGCAAGAUGCUGCCGAAGAUACUCCCUCUUUCUUGUCUCAUUCUUCUCUCUUCCUUUCUGUUUUUCCUUCAUUCAUUCUUUUAUUAUUAUUCUAAUUAUAUUAUUAUUAUUAUUAUUAUUAUUACUGGUUAUAUACUAUCCUCCAUCUCCUGUCCCUGCACCAUGGACCGAGUCUACGCCUUGCUAAUUUAAAAUCAUCAGGUCGGAAGAUGAGGUCAUGAUAGCUGUGGAGAAAGGUUGUAGUUCCGGUUCACCUUUCUCUUUGAGGAACUCGCCGCUAACCCCACCUUUCAGUGCUAUGUUGUUUUCUGUUCCUGUCUGUUUCAGGCUGGGACUGGAAAAGUAACAUUAUCAAGUAGAAGGGAUCUAAAACUGCAGAUUUUACUCAAUGGUGCUAAUUCUGCCCUCUGAGCUUUCUUUCUUGUCCCUUUGUACCUUCAAUCUUUACUUCUUUUGACAAUCCUCAUUCCCAUGGAAGGUGAGAGUAAGAUUCUAGUGGGAUUGCAGCCUGGGGCGGGGGUGAGAAGCAUGCUGCGGAAGUGAUGGAAAGGAAGUCAGGGUGAGGUUGGGUGUGCGCUGCUGCAUCAUAGGGACGUCCAUUGGCUCCUCCCACCCCGUUUGCUAAGGAGCCUAGGUUGGUCUUUGUUCCAGCUCUGCUUCUAUGGUAGCCCAAGUGGACAAUAUUCACCAUCAGUUCAGCUUCUUGGAGAUGAUUUCAUUUUAACCAUUUUGGCUUUUAAAAAAGAAUUCCCCGAAAACUAACUGUGGCUCUUAUUGGAUUUACAAAUCAUUCUCCCUUGCCUUUCCCCAUCCAGCAUAUGUUAUUUUGUCCUCUAGUUGGCUGCCCAGAUCUACUCAUUAUUUUCUUCCUCCAUUUUCUGGAAUUCUCAAGAAAGAGAAACCAAGCUACCGUCACUCUGGGUUUCAUCAGGCCCCUGACGUGCUGUGGGAAUCUCUUCCCACCAGACAGCAGAAUUGCAGCUAUGUUAUGGACAGGAGGAGGCCGAGGAGGGGAGUGAGCUGGCGUAGACCAUGAGUUUCAUGUAUUUCACUGGAUAGACAUGCUUCUCUUGAAAUCUAGAGUGUGGGGCUUGAAGCUUUUGAGGGGUGAAGGAAAUCGGGUGAAGGGGCCAAGUAAUGUAGAGAUGGGGUCAUUGAGGGCCCGGGGGCUCCCGGAAGAAGGCAUGAGGAUAACACCUGUCCUCUAGCAAGCAUGACCAUGAUUCAUUGCUGUAAAUUCCUAGUGUACAUUUAAUAUUCAUUGUUGAGUUUGGGUUAGGAGAGGGAAGAACAAUUUUACUUCCAUUUUUAUUUGACUAAAUUUUCCCUUUCUGCAAACUGCAGGACAAAAUGUGUGGCAUGAACAAGACUCUGUAAUGUCUGCUUUUCUUCAUCCUUUCAUUUCUUCGCGAUCUCUAAGCUAUCAGGCUUUCUUCUCCCUUGCUCUCCCCUCAUCACCCCUCUCCUUUCUUGGAAGGGGUCCUGCAUGAGAGUUUGUGGAAGAAGUCCACAUGGCUGAAGUAAGGGGCAAGCAGGACAGCUAACUAAAGAGCACUUUAUUUCUUUGAAGCCUUUGUAAGAAAGAUGGGAGGAGCGUGUGUGCAAGUGGCUUGAGUCUCCAUUGUGUUGAGGGCACUUUGUGAAGUGUGACACAGUAUUUCCCCCUGGGGAAGAGAGCAUUUCUAUGGGAGGCGGCAAAACAUCCCUGUGUUAGGCAACUGUUCCUUAUUCCUCCCAUUCAAGGUGCAUCUGACACAGGUUCCCUUUCAUCUUCCUGGGAUUCCUGGUUUACAGAUGAACCCUCCUCUUUUCUAAACCCCUUUCCUACUCAGGUCCACACAGGGUAGGUGACAUCAUACACACAGGUAGCCCUUGUUCCUCUGUGUUUUUUGAAGACGAGUCUCAUGAAGAGCUCUGGUGGCUGCCAGAGUAGCUGAAGUUUGGGGCUGGACCUGGAGACUGCUCUUGAGGCCCCCUAAGCUUGCAGGCCCUCUUGCCCACGUUCAGCCUUGCUAAUACUGCAGGACAAACCUGACUUCCUUUCGGCCUCAGUUUCCCCUCCCCUACAUGAGAUGGAAAGAGUACUACUUUUUCUUGUUGGUUCAGCCUUGCUGGACACGAAGUCUUGUCAUUGUUGUCGUAUUGGGUGAUGUGUGUGGAAUUGCAGGAGCUCACUGCUUAUAAGAGGAAAUAAGGGAGAAAGUGAGGGACGAAGGAGUAGUUAUUUGGUAUCAAUCCAUCCAUCCCAGGCUUCCUCUCCUUAACCCCGGGUUUCUGGUUUGGUGAGUCCUUCAUGCCACCCAUAAUGCUUUGCAUUGGUGUAAGCUGGGAAGGGGAUAUGGUCUCACGGUUGUGUUGUUUUUUUGCAUGCUUUCCUAAUAAAAAAAAAAAAAGAAGGUUUCCAAUUUUA